AUGCUUCUCCUCGUUUUCCCUCCUGAGAUCAUUCUUUGCAUAGCAGACAACCUGGAUCAAGCCAGAGAUUUGCUUGCGCUAGCUUGCCUCAAUCGAGCAACAAAUGCUCUUUUGCUCGACUAUUUGUUCAAGUUCAACGUCCGACGCCAACGCAGCUCUGCCUUGUUCUGGGGUGUUCUCCAAGGCAAGUCGGAACUUGUGGAAAUGAUGUUGCACAGCUAUCAAGCGGACGCCAAUACCACAGACGAUAAAUCUCACUAA